ACACGCGGCACGCUCGCCGUCCACUGCAACAGGUUACGCGAGCUGCAAUUGUUCAGGUCGCGACACCCACCCGCCCCCUCCCACCCCUAUCCGCGAACGUCCGGCCGGCGCGAUGGUCUGAUCGCGGGUCCGUCCACCGCAAUGGCCGCCGCUGGCAACGACACCACGUCCAUCACCAGGAUGGUCAUCGAGCCCGGGCUCAUGGACAUGAUGGGCAACUCGCUGUUCGACAUGCUGGCUCCGGCCGUCACCGAUUCGUCCACGUACGCGCCGUCGUCCGGCGACGACACGUACGGCGGCGACACGGACUCGGCACCGGUCGGUUACGACGACGGCGGCACCGGCCCCGGCGAACUCUGGUACAGGCACAGCCCCGCCAUGACGGCCGUCUACUGUUUUGCGUACACCAUGGUGUUCUUGGUCGGCCUCGUGGGCAACCUGCUGGUUGUUUCGGUCGUGUUCCGGUCGCCUCGGAUGCGCAACGUGACCAACUACUUCAUCGUCAACCUGGCCGUGGCCGACAUUCUCGUGCUGGUGUUCUGCUUGCCGGCCACUCUGUUGUCAAACAUUUAUGUCCCUUGGAUCCUCGGCGAAUACAUGUGCAAGAUCGUACCGUACAUCCAAGGAGUUUCAGUGGCCGCCUCGGUGUACAGUUUGAUAGCCGUGUCCGCCGACAGGUUUCUGGCCAUUUGGUAUCCGCUAAAGUGCCAGGUGACUACACGCCGGGCCCGGUACAUAAUUGGCUUCAUUUGGUUUGUGUCUACGACCAUCACCAUACCGUGGGCGCUGUUCUUCGACAUGGUGGCCAUUUUCAAGGACGCGCCAAACCUGGAACUGUGCUUGGAAGUGUGGCCCGACUAUCUGGACGGCAAUCUGUACUUCCUGGUGGGCAACCUGGGCAUGUGCUACGUGGUGCCGAUGAUCGCCAUAUCGCUGUGCUACAUCAUGAUCUGGGUGAAGGUGUCGCGACGGACCAUACCGACGGACAACAAGGACGCGCAGAUGGAGCGCAUCCAGCAGAAGAGCAAGGUGAAGGUGGUGAAAAUGCUGGCGUUGGUCGUCAUAACGUUCGUGGUGUCGUGGUUGCCGCUGUACGCGAUAUUCGCCCGAAUCAAGCUGUUCGGCAAGCUCGAGCCGUGGGAAGAGGAAUUCCUGCCCAUUGUGACGCCCCUCGCCCAAUGGCUGGGCGCCAGCAACAGCUGCAUCAACCCCGUGCUGUACGCUUUCUUCAACAAGAAGUUCCGGCGCGGCUUCACCGCCGUGCUGCAGAGCCGCAGCUGCUGGGCCACGCUCCGGUACAACGAGAACGUGACGUCCGCCAACUCGUGGUCGGCCAGCAAGGCGUCCUACUACAUCACCAAUCACCACGCGUACACCAAGCGGCAGUCCAGUCAGGAGACAAACGUUUCUUACAUCUUCAACGUCUGAGCCCAUCGAGUACACGCGGGUCGUCCGGAACGACUUUUGAGCAAAGCAAAUUCAACAAAACAUAAAACAUUCUGCGCGUGUCGCUCGUGUAAAUUUAACCAUGUGUACGAUUUACAUUUGUCCUACACACGGAACACACGACAUCAAAGCGAAAACCGCAUCAUAAUAUUAAAAAAAAAUAAAAAUAAUAAUAAUAAUAAAAUUAAAAACCAAUACUAUCUUAUAUAAUUUAUAAAAACCUCCUUCAAUGACGUUGGAAGGGUUAACGGGUCCGGCGGCGGGAGACUUAGCCGUCUCCCGCCUCCUCUCCCCCAUCGCCAUCGACAUAAUAACGGGUAAUCAGACCAUUAUUAUAUUAAUAUCGUUACAUACACAUACAAUAACUAUUAUCAUUACGAUAAAUAACAUUAGAAACGUCAUCUUACACGCGUAUACUGUAACAACGCGAUACGUACGAUACAAAUGAAUGAAACCACCACCUUCCUAUUGCAAUAAUAAUAUUAUUUUACAUAGCCGGGUAGACGCUGCACUGUGUCGGUUACAAAUUUAGACCACCGACCGUCGCGUCCGGACCACCUUAUUAGUAUUAUGGUAUUAGAUCCCCUAAAUCUCUCCUUUCUCCAAAUAAAAUAACACGUCCGUUAAGCCGUGCACGACACUAUCGGUGUAGGCUAUGUUUUGCCCUAGUUUUUAAAAAUGUUCUUUUAUAUAUAUAUAUAUAUAUAAUUCUAGGCAAAAUGUGAUCUUAGACGCGCCAGUAUUCGUGUUGGCCGUACACUUUUUGCGCUGUAAUUGUUUGUGUACUAAUUAUUACUAUUUAUUAUUUGUAUUAAGUCCUGUACCGCCCGGUUGGCCGGCUUAUUCCGUCCAUAUUUCGCUAUGCCGACUAACCAGUAACCCUAACCCCUUCAUCCACAAUCACCUGGCCCUUCGUUCGGCAAGCUUAGCUUAAUAUGUGUUUUUUUGUUUGUCGCAAAACAUGUCCCGGACGUGUCACGCCUAUCCCACACGCUCCCCUCUCCUCGCGUCUUUGUCCCACGGGCCGCGUUUAGGUUCCCGGACUUAGAAAGUAUACCCCAAAAAAAUAAAAAUAAAACAAGAAAAAUGAGUAAAAAAAAACAACGAAUAACGCACAAUGUAUGAGAGAAAAAGAAACAUAAACUUAUAUUAAAAAAAAAAAAACAUAAUUUCGUGUCCAUCGUGUGGGAAUAUUAUGGUCGAUGUAUGUGUGUGUGUGUGUGUGUGUGGGAAGUAGAUGGAAAAAAAGAGAAGAAGUAAUUGGUAAGAGAUGGAAAACACUUCGGGUAAGGUCCUGUUGUCAGAGAAAAUGGAUGGGUACAGUUCACUGAAAGACAAGACUAAGAAUGUUUUAUUCGCGGGUACGUUCAAUAAUGAUACAGAAACUUCAUCCGCGAGGAACUUGACCUAACCUAUUAGUACUGCCGCUAUCAAACCAAUUAAACACCUUACCGUAAGCUUUCGAUAAAAUAAUAGUAAAAAAAAAAAUAAUAAAGAGUUUUUUAACACUGUGAAUAUUGCACACCGUCCCCGUAUAGGCUUGGCUUGUGUUUUAGCAUUUUUUGAUUAUUAUGCCCACAAGUAACUUAAACAGAACCCAAGUCACUUGUCGCUCGAUGAACUGUACUCUGUUUUGUGAAUAAAAGGAAUCGGUGGCUCACGUGGGAUAUUUUUGAAGGGGUUAUGCCCCCUCCCCAUUGUGUGUGCCACCUGAAGAAAUGAUUAAAAUGUGAGUGUGUGUGUGUUGAUUUUGGACAGUAAAAAAAUCAAUUAACGAAACUAACAUGACAAGAUCCGUAAUAGCAUUGCGGUGUAUAGGACACACUUACCAUGCACUUGGGUUACAAAUUAUAAAACUUUUCUACAUAUAUUAUAUUGCCUGAUUCUGCCCUAGUUCUAUGAAAACUACCGCGAAAAGGCUAAGAACCACCCCAUAAAGGAAAGUGUCGCUUUUCGGUCACGGUUAUGUGCAUGUGCAUGUUUUAGUAGCCAUAUACACUACCAUGUAUAGUGUUAUUAUAAUAAUAAUAAUAAUAAUAUAUAGGUAUAAAUUAUGUUUAAUGAAAUGUUCAUCUGAAAAUUAAUUAUUAACUACUCAAUUAAGACCCGGCAAUCGAUUCUCGCAAUAGGUAGCGACGGUAUAAAUGAGCGAACAGUGAAAAGUGUUUUCUGUCACAAACUUAAAAGGCUGAGGAUCAAUAAAUCCGCCCGAGUGAUAGUAAACGAAAAUUAGGAUGAGUAUAAUUUAUGAUAAUGAAAUGCAGGCGCGGAUCCCGGGGGCUAUGAGGUCCCUUUUCUAUAGGCCUACAUCUUUAUAAAAAACAAAUAACGAAUAUUUGCGGUAUAACUUCUUUGUAAAUUAUGUUUUAUAAGAGAGCCGCGUGUGUUGGUGGAAAUCGUGAGACGGUCGAUAGUGAGGAGGAUUUGAGGAGUCGGAUCCAAACAGCUGGUAAAAUGGUGCGAGAAACAAAAUGGAACUAUAUCAUGGUCAAUAUAUACUAUAUAUUAUUAUCUAGCUUUGUAUUGUAACGAAUUGGAUACUUAAGUUAAUGUUUGAGAUGUAUUUGUUUGUGUUUUUACGGUUCGCCGAUAGUACUUAAAUUAUUUAUUUAUUGAUAUAUAUAUAUUUACAUUUUAUUUUUUUAAUCGUGUGAUGGAUUUAUGAUAGGUUUAACUGCAGUCUGUUUUUCAGAUUUCAGACGGUUGAAAACGCCAUUAUUGUUGGUCGAUUGAGAAAUUCUAUUUUAUAUGAACGUUGGCACGGUCAGACUUUUUUCAUCGAGUCAAUUUGUUAGCUUUUGGGGUUUUCCUCAGUUAUAGUUUAAGCGAGAACAGGAGUGAACUGUUGAUCUAAUCGUUAAAUUUUAAAAAUUAUACUAAGAUGGCUGUAUUUUAUUUUUUUUAUUGUGAGAAAACGGGUUUAGUUCCUAAAAAUAUUUUUUUACCCACACGCUCUAGUUAAGCUUUUCCCCUUCAUCCUUAUAUCAUUAUAUCCUUAUAGAUCCGCGCCUGAUCUAGGGGUAUGGUUGGGUUCGAGAAUCGGUGCGCCGUUUUUUUUUCUUUUUUUUUUGUCACCGGUAGCGAAAAAAAACAGAAUUAAGAGUUGUGUAACGACAACAAAAAAAUAAUCAACUUAACCGCUACUUACACCCCAUAUAAAAUAGAUAGGUGUAGUGUUUGAAUGUUUAGUAGCUCAAAGUAUUGUUUGAAAAACACCCUGUUAUUAUGUUAUGUUUUAGUCGGUAUUUAGAUAAGUAUUUAUGUAAUGUAAUAAUAUAAAUUAAAAUAAUAUAUAAUCUAAUAAUAUAAAGAACAUAUACUAGUGGUAAAUCAAAUUGUCUGCAAUAAAUUGUACGAAUAAAUAUGGUUGAUUAAGAAUUUUUUUUUUAUGCAACACCAAAUCGAGGUGGCACCACGAAGUCUGAAAACAAAUGUUUUUAUUUCACUGUAUACGUUAUUUUCAUAAGUUUAAGUAGACAUAUAAUAUCGAUAGGUAUAUAUAUAUAUAUAAUAAUUAUAUACAUAUAUUUAAUAAUUAUGUACCUUACAAAAGUAACACAUUAAUUGUAUUUUCUUUUAUAUAUACAAAUUUAUACGUAAGCUAUGCCGAACCCAAAAAAAAACAAGCAAUUAUAUUAUAAAACAACCUGAAAAUGGAUUCAUCAUUAUAAUAUUAUAUUUUGUAUAUUAUAGUACACAUUAUAUAUGAUAUAGAUUUAAUAAAUGUUUGAAUUUAAAUGCAUAUUA